AAAUGAUAAAUUAAUGUUAUUGUUCUUCUUCAUAGUUGCAUUCUUAGACAGCAGCAGUACUGAGCAUAGCAUACACCUGUGUAUAAAAUAACCAGAACAGGCAAUGGCACGUGUUGACCACUUCUUGGAUUUUUUAUGCUCAUUGUCAGAGGAAAUUGGCAGAGAUGAUAUCAUUACAAUGGUUGGCUUGACUGCUGCAUUAGAAGAGCCUAUUGGAAAGAAUGCAAGAGAGCAACUCGAAAAUAAAAAAGCGUAUGCUUUGUUUCAGAAGUUGUGCGAAACAGGACAUCUAACAAAAAACAAUUCAAAGACACUAACCUACUUACUUACGAAAGCAAAUCUAUUAGCUUUAGUUACACAAGUAGAAGUCAGAUUUAGAAUGGGAUUUGAUGUAGAGGUGACCCCCGAACAAUUAAAGGCUAAAGUAGAUUUAGAAGAAAAGAAUAAGAAAAACAAGAAGGAACAACCUGACAUCGUUAAAAAUCAUUAACGAUUAUGUUAAUGUGUUAAUUAACAAUGGUCUGACAACCGAAAAAUUCAG